AUGAAGGGCGAGAUUCUUCACCUCCACGUCGGCCAGGCCGGUACCCAGCUGGGUAACUCUGCUUGGGAGCUCUACCUCCUCGAGCAUGGCCUUGGCGCUGAUGGUCGUCCCGACCCCAACCUCCAGGAUGUCGGCGACCCGGGUUCCUUCGAGACCUUCUUCACAGAGACGAACAACGGAAAGCAUGUGCCCCGCGCUCUCUUCGUCGACUUGGACCCUUCGCCUAUCGACGAGAUCCGCACGGGCGACUACCGCCAGCUCUUCCACCCCGAUAUGUUGAUGAGCGGCAAGGAGGAUGCUGCCAACAAUUACGCUCGUGGUCACUACACCAUUGGCAAGGAGAUGGUUGACAGCGUUGUCGACCGCAUCCGCCGCAUCGCCGACAACUGCAGCUCCCUCCAGGGUUUCUUGAUCUUUCAGUCUUUCGGUGGUGGUACUGGUUCUGGUUUCGGUGCCCUCCUCCUGGAGCGUCUGUCCACCGAGUACGGCAAGAAGACCAAGCUCGAGUUCUCCGUCUACCCUUCCCCCCGCGUCUCGACCGCCAUUGUUGAGCCUUACAACGCUGUUCUCUCGACGCACAGCACCAUCGAGAACUCCGACUGCACAUUUCUCGUUGAUAACGAGGCUGUCUACGACAUCUGCCGCCGAAACCUCGACAUCCCCCGCCCUUCAUACGACCACCUUAACCGCCUGAUCGCCCAGGUCGUUUCCUCCAUCACCUCGUCCCUGCGCUUUGACGGUGCCCUCAACGUCGACCUGAACGAGUUCCAGACCAACUUGGUCCCCUACCCCCGUAUCCACUACCCCCUCAUCUCCUACGCCCCUGUGGUUUCCUCUGCCAAGAAGGAGCACGAAAGCUUCAAGGUCUCCGACCUCACCUUUCAGUGCUUCGAGCCCAACAACCAGAUGGUCGUCUGCGAUCCCCGCAACGGCAAGUACAUGGCUGUCGCUCUGCUGUACCGCGGUGAUGUCGUCACCCGCGACUGCAACUCCGCUAUUGCUGCACUCAAGGCCAAGGCCUCCUUCAACCUAGUCGAGUGGUGCCCAACUGGCUUCAAGCUCGGCAUCAACUACCAGAAGCCCAUGGCCGUGCCCGCUCCUCCUGAGGAUGGCGGCCUGGCCUCUGUCGACCGCUCCGUCUCCAUGUUGUCCAACACCACCGCCAUUGCCGAGGCAUGGUCACGUCUGGACCGCAAGUUUGACCUCAUGCACAGCAAGCGCGCCUUCGUGCACUGGUAUGUUGGUGAGGGUAUGGAGGAGGGUGAGUUCACUGAAGCCCGCGAGGACCUGGCUGCGCUCGAGAAGGAUUACGAGGAGGUCGCUGCCGACAGUCUCGAGGCCGAGGAGGAUACUGAGUAUUAA